CUAAACUGAACCAAUCAAAGAUCGACUUCAACGAAAUCUCUGAACAUCAUACUCUGUUUCGCGGAAAUUGUCACAGACUUUACGACACACGCACGACUCUUAUUAUCUAGACCUCAGUCAACGCCAGUCAGUGUAUCAAAUAGAAUCAGUAAAUCAGGACUUUGGAGAGACUGAAUGGAGGAUCCAUUGGAGAGAUUGGGAUCGGAGGGAGUUUCGGGGUUGGAAUCGAGCAUGAAGGAGCUCUCUAUGGAGAUUGAUCCUCCUUCCAAAGAGAAUCUUGCUACUGCCAAGGAUUGGAGGAGGACUCUCGACAAGGUCAUCCCGGCAGUCGUUGUUCUCCGAACCACCGCUUGUCGUGCUUUCGAUACCGAAUCCGCCGGUGCUGGCUCUGCAACGGGGUUCGUCGUUGAUAAACGUCGCGGAAUUAUACUCACCAAUCGACAUGUUGUUAAGCCAGGACCCGUAGUUGCAGAGGCUAUGUUCCUAAACCGCGAUGAAAUUCCUGUCUAUCCGAUAUACAGAGACCCGGCAGAUGAAAUUUGGAAGGUCUUCUGGUCUUGAUACUGAUCCCAUUGGACCUUAGGUGGAUCAUACCUGGUCUUGCCCCUAAAUUGGGGUUUAUUUUCUGUUAUCCCUGUGUCUAGUCUUUGGAACAUGUUGUGGCACUUGGUAAUGAUGUAUAGACUAUAGUGGGCCUUUUUCUGGGAAUGUGGCUUUUAUAGCAUGUUGUGCGUUUUUUUUUGAUGAAAUUUUGCAAUUUUGACCAUUUUUUGUGUAGUAUUAGAGAGGAACCAUACAAUAUUUAGAAGACAAGAGAAGGAAAAUGAUUUGUUAUGAGGUAGAGUGAAGGUUCUGACAUCUUUAAGGGAUAUAGUUGCAAAAGGGUUUCAAGAUAUUUAUCAAUUAGCUUUCCAAUACAACUAAAAAACUGCUUAUAUUCCGUAAUUUUGUUUUUUGUUUUAUUUGCUUUAAUUUUUGCUCGAUUAGGUGGAUUCCUUACCUAGUAUUUAUCUACACUUAUGAUUCUUCUUUCAAUGAAAUGAGAGGGUUGUUUCUUAUCAAAAAAAUUCCCGAAUCUAACUAACACUACAUGCCCUUUUUUCUAGGUUCAUGAUUUUGGAUUCUUCCGUUAUGAUCCUGGUGCAGUACAGUUUUUGAGCUAUGAGGAAAUUCCUCUGGCUCCUGAGGCUGCAUGUGUUGGACUAGAGAUCAGGGUUGUUGGAAAUGAUAGUGGAGAGAAGGUAUAUACAUAGAUCUAAUGUGGAGAUCUAAUUUAAUACAACGAUUGGAUUGAUCGUAGACUCUAUUUAACAUUAAAACUCACAACUAAUCUAAUAAUUACAUUGAAAUUACAUCAUUAAAUUUUCAAAUAAAAUCUUUAUAACAUUGGUAUACAUAGAUGAUUCUGUCUGUUCCUUCCAGGAAGGAACAUUCUCCUGGUGGUUAUGUUUGAUUGAAUAUUUAUGGUAAAAAUCACUGACUGACACCCUCUAACCUUAAAAUCAAAUGAUCCUGUGACAUUUCACAAAAACCUUGGCACACCCCUCGAUGAGGGAAGGACCCGGAAACUCGAUAAAGUCCAUGCGCCUUUUAUAAAGUGUAGCAGGGGCAUUUAGAUGCCUGUCAAUUUUGCCAAUGAGAAGUAAUGAUGUCAUUUCAAAAAUUUUAUUAUUCUCACAAAUACCCUUCUACGAUUUGUUUUUUAACACCCAAAAAAUAUACUGACAUGAUCAAUUAUGCUGUUUAAAUCUACUAUAACCUA